AUGAAACAAUCUAAUGACUCAGGCAUUUGUAACUCGGAACUAGUGAAAAACAUUUUAUCGGAAUGUAAUCAAAGCAAGGAAAAGGGAAAUCAACAUUUUAAAACAAGGGAAUGGGAACUUGCUGAGAAGUAUUAUCAAGAGUCUUUGAGUAAUUUGGUAGUUUUUGUGAGGGAUUAUAUUUCUAAAAACAAGGAGGUUCAAGAUGAAUCAAAAGAUGCAAAUAAGUCUACCAUUGGUCAAGUGAAUGAAACAACAACAACAGCAGAUGAUGAUGUAAAUAAUUCUGAAAAUAUUACUAGUACAAACAAUUCCGAAGAGGAAAUUAAUGAGGAAAAUAAUAAUGAAAAUAAUAAUGAUAUAUUAUUAGAAAAUUCCGAAGUUUUACUUUCAGAAAAGGAGACCUUGGCUUUAAUUUCAAAAGAUUUGGAUUUAUUUAAAGAAGAUAAUGAUAAUCAAGUGAAGACAUUGCUGAUUGUGUUAUAUUCGAAUUUGGCUUUAACAUUUUUCCAAAUGAGUUCAUUUCAAAGAAGUUUGGAGUAUUGUACAAUUAUUUUGGAUCAUUUAGAUUCGGAACAUUAUAAAUCACUUUACAAGAGAUCUCAAUGUCAUGAACAAUUGAACAAUUAUCAAGCCAGCUAUUCGGAUAUGAAAAAAUUGCAAGACAUUAUUUUGAAAGAUCCUACAAUGAUUCCAGACCAGUUGGCCAAGAAGAUUCUAUUGGAUGCAGAAAGAUUACGUGUGAAAUCAGAAGAAGAACAAAAGAAGCAAUUGGAAGAAAUGUGGGGUCAACUCAAAGAUGUUGGAGGCAAGUUUUUGGGAGCUUUUGGUAUCAAUAUUAAUAAUUUUAAAUUUGAUAAGGAUCCAAAUAGUGGAUCUUAUUCUUUAUCAAUGAACAAUAACAAAUAA